CGCCAGAUCUCUCCGCAGACGGUGCAGACGCAGCGUUCGUGCGCCUCCCUCUGGGGCUCGGCUGCUCGGGAUUUCCCCAGGACCUGCGCCGCGCGAGAAGGAGCCUGGGAGCAUCCGCCCAGACUGCCGGGACUGUCGGCUCGACUCGCCGCCUUUGGCUCCCAGCCGGGCUCCGCUCCUCGGGCGCUCGAGGGGCCGCGGUGGUGGCGGUGGCGCCCGGCAUGUUUCAGAGCCCGCGGCGGCUUUGCUCGGCCCUGCUGCAGAGGGACGCGUCCGGCCUGCGCCGCCUGCCCGCUCCCGGGCUCCGCCGCCCGUCUUCCCCGCCGGCGGCUGCCCCUAGGCCCGCAUCCCCCCGGCUGCUGGCGGCGGCCUCGGCGGCCUCGGGCGCCGUGAGGUCGUGUUCCCGAACAGUGCGUUCCAUGGGAACCGGUACAAGCAGACUCUAUAGUGCUCUCGCCAAGACACUGAACAGCAGCGCUGCCUCCCAGCACCCAGAGUAUUUGGUGUCACCUGACCCAGAACAUCUGGAGCCCAUUGAUCCUAAAGAGCUUCUUGAGGAAUGCAGGGCUGUCCUGCACACCCGACCUCCCCGGUACCAGAGAGAUUUUGUGGACCUGAGGACAGAUUGCUCCAGUACCCACCCACCUAUCAGGGUCAUGCAGUGGAACAUCCUCGCCCAAGCUCUUGGAGAAGGCAAAGACAACUUUGUACAAUGCCCUGUUGAAGCACUCAAGUGGGAAGAAAGGAAAUGUCUCAUCCUGGAAGAAAUCCUGGCCUACCAGCCUGAUAUAUUGUGCCUCCAAGAGGUGGACCACUAUUUUGACACCUUCCAACCACUCCUCAGUAGACUAGGCUAUCAAGGCACGUUUUUCCCUAAACCCUGGUCACCUUGUCUAGAUGUGGAACAUAACAAUGGACCAGAUGGCUGUGCCUUAUUUUUUCUCCAAAACCGAUUCAAACUAAUCAACAGUGCCAAUAUUAGGCUGACAGCCAUGACAUUGAAAACCAACCAGGUGGCCAUUGCACAGACCCUGGAGUGCAAAGAGUCAGGCCGACAGUUCUGCAUUGCCGUCACCCAUCUAAAAGCACGCACUGGCUGGGAGCGGUUUCGAUCAGCUCAAGGCUGUGACCUCCUUCAGAACCUGCAAAACAUCACCCAAGGAGCCAAGAUUCCCCUUAUUGUGUGUGGGGACUUCAACGCAGAGCCAACAGAAGAGGUCUACAAACACUUUGCUUCCUCCAGCCUCAACCUGAACAGCGCCUACAAGCUGCUGAGUGCUGAUGGGCAGUCAGAACCCCCAUAUACUACCUGGAAGAUCCGGACCUCAGGGGAGUGCAGGCACACCCUGGAUUACAUCUGGUAUUCUAAACACGCUCUCAAUGUAAGGUCAGCUCUCGAUCUGCUGACUGAAGAACAGAUCGGACCCAACCGGCUACCUUCCUUCAAUUAUCCUUCAGACCACCUGUCUCUAGUGUGUGACUUCAGCUUUACUGAGGAACCUGAUGGACUUCUAUAAAUACUUAUUUUUGUCUUUUUAAUCACAAGAGUCUUAACAGGGGAUGUUUCAGGAAACAAAUAGGAUAAGACAAUGCCCGAGGAAGGAUAGAAACAUGGGAAGUUUCUGUCAUUUCAUUUUCUAUGUUUCCAGCAUGCCCUUGGAAAAGACUUCCUUUAGUUCACAGAUCUUUUCAAUUAAAACCUGUAGUGAAAAAGGUG